AUGAGCGGAAGGCCCAGGACCACUUCCUUUGCUGAAGGAAAUAAGACUUCUCCUAAUCCUCCUUUGGGCGGAAUUAAAGUCAUAAGUAAAGAUGGCAGUAAAGUCACUACAGUUGUGGCAAAUCCCUGCCAGGGACCAGAUCGACCCUUGGAGGUGUCGUAUACAGACACAAUGGUGAUCGGCAAUGGAAGUUUUGGUGUUGUAUACCAAGCCAAAUUAUGUGAUACAGGAGAAAUGGUUGCUAUUAAAAAAGUUCUUCAAGAUAAAAGAUUUAAAAACCGUGAAUUACAAAUAAUGAAACGCCUAGAUCAUUGUAACAUAGUGAAAUUGAAAUUCUUCUUUUAUUCAAGUGGUGACAAGAAGGAUGAAGUUUAUCUAAAUUUAGUUUUGGAAUAUAUACCAGAUACUGUAUAUAAAGUUGCUCGUCAUUAUAGCAAAUUAAGGCAAACAAUUCCGAUUAACUACAUAAAGCUGUACAUGUACCAGUUAUUCCGAAGCUUGGCUUAUAUUCACUCAUUAGGCAUAUGCCAUCGUGAUAUUAAGCCUCAAAAUUUGUUAUUAAACCCUGAAACAGGGGUAUUGAAAUUGUGCGAUUUUGGCAGUGCUAAGACUCUUAUCAAGGGUGAACCUAAUGUAUCCUACAUAUGUUCAAGAUACUACCGAGCACCUGAACUGAUAUUCGGUGCUAUAGAUUACACUACAAAAAUUGAUGUAUGGAGUGCUGGUUGUGUAUUAGCAGAACUUAUGUUAGGUCAGCCAAUCUUCCCAGGAGACUCUGGUGUUGAUCAAUUAGUGGAAAUUAUAAAAGUCCUUGGCACACCAACAAGAGAACAGAUUAGAGAAAUGAAUCCCAACUAUACAGAAUUCAAAUUCCCACAGAUCAAAUCUCAUCCUUGGUCAAAGGUUUUCCGUAUGCGGACACCAGCAGAAGCUGUAGAAUUGGUGUCGGUGUUACUUGAAUACACUCCAUCACUUAGGGUGUCUCCAUUACAAGCAUGUGCUCAUGCAUUUUUUGAUGAGCUAAGAGAUCCGCUCCAUAGAUUACCAAAUGGACGAUCAUUACCUCCACUUUUCAAUUUUACACAAUUAGAAUUGAGUGCAGCUGGGUCUUUGAAAUCUGCUUUGAUACCCAAGCAUUUAAAAGAUUCUGUAGGAAGCGGAAAUGAAGCAUCUGCAGCUAGUGGUGGUCCAUCUACUCCAGAGAAUAUUAAUCCAGACAGUCCAAAUCACCCUUCUUCAUCGACUACUUCCAGGCAACCUUCAAAUGAAAUAGUUUAA